CACUCCAAUUUAACAUAUAACAAUCAACCACAUAACACAUGUAAAACUAAAAGUGUGAUUUAUACACACCUGAUCACGGUAAAUGACCUAGCCAAACUCCCAAAUUUGUCUCCUAAUCUACCACUUUCACUUCUACUUGAGUCCGGGAGAGUGAUUUCUUCACCUAUCACUAUGUAAAAUUUUAUUCUUCACCAUAUCCUCUUCUCCCUAAUUUUUCCAAUGAAAAAAAAGUACUAUGCCCCAAAAAUGUAAUCCGUGUAGUCUCUUAUUAUAUGUAAGUCGGUCAAAACUUUGUUGACUCACUUUACCCAUUUUAAAAGAAAACACGUAAAAUAAUAAAACUAGAACGUGUAAUUUUAUAGAAAAACUUGAGAUGCCAAAUAAUGCAAGGUAUAUAAAUGCUUGUUUGAUAAGUACCGUACAUACAUCAAUUCCUUCAAUGCAUAUAACUUUUAAUUUAUCCAAACACACAUAUAAAUAUUAUAUUUAUACAUAUAAUAACGUUGGAGAUUGUACACAAACACAUGCACACAUAUUUAAAUAAUUAUGGCAUAUAUACACUAAUUUAAUUAUACAGUAUAUACACAUCCCUUUUAACAAUUCCCGUAAAUCAAAACUAUCCAUAUAUUCGACUAUAUUGAGUCGUCAUAACAAUAAAUAUAUUCUCUAUGACUCACUUAAUAUCUAUGUAGUAAAAAUGACAAUAUAAUAUGAUAAUAUGCAAAAUAAUGCAUGUUUCGGGUUAGGGAUGUUACACAGACCAAUACCUGAGUGGUUAGCAUGGGGAGAGGGGUCUGAUUUACAAGUUGGUGGAUCUGGUGUUAAUCCAUUUGAUGACCAUAACAACAUCACAGAAAACGCUACGAACUCAUUGGAGGGUACUCCUGCUCCUAUUUAUCCCACUUCAAGUGGAGAACAUGUACCCAACGGAAUUGGUCCCAUAGAUAUCUGCGAAGGUUUGGCUAAACCCACUCCAAGUCAGAAAAGUGUUGCCAUGCCUGCUUUGUUUGAAGAGGAUGUGGAAUUGGAGGGCACAGAGAAGGCUAUGGAACAGGCUCUCAAGGAAGGCAUUGUCGGUGAAGCUGGGCCGUUGAAAAGGAACACCAGUCCAAAGAAAUCAGAAAAGGAUGAUUUAGAUGACAGUGCUGGAAUGAAGGAAUACAAUGACACCAACUAUUGGAGAGUCGACCAGGAGGUUGCAGUGUCGGAGUAAGUACAGUACAAGUUACUCUCAAUCUUGAACCUGCCAGUGAUCCCCUUCUGUAUUCAAAUGCUAAUGAGGAGAAGGUAUGUACAGUAUAUUCUUGUAAGAGUUCGAAUCAAAUAGACAGGCUACAAAAUUG